AAUUGAGAAUCGGCACGCGACUCAGUCAGCUGACCUGUCUUGUGAUAGCAGCUAGGCAGAACCCGAGGAGUCACGAUUCUCGUCGCUUGGUUGGACUGCGUGCGGAAACGUCGUAUCUCGCCGUAAAAAAAAACCGUUCGAAAUGACGAACCAAAGCUUACUGAAGAUUGCGCAGGAAGAUCGAGAGGGCAAGUUUGGAUACGUCUACGCGGUAUCCGGGCCUGUCGUUACCGCUGAGAAGAUGGCCGGAUCGGCUAUGUACGAAUUGGUACGAGUCGGUUACUAUGAAUUGGUGGGAGAAAUCAUCAGAUUGGAAGGUGACAUGGCUACAAUACAGGUAUACGAAGAAACUAGCGGAGUGACGGUUGGUGAUCCUGUACUUCGUACUGGAAAGCCGUUGUCCGUUGAAUUGGGUCCUGGCAUCCUCGGCAGCAUCUUCGACGGUAUUCAGCGUCCGUUGAAGGAUAUCAACGAGCUUACCAGCUCGAUCUACAUUCCUAAAGGUAUCAAUGUACCGGCAUUGUCGCGUACCGCCAGCUGGGAGUUCAAUCCGCAUAACAUAAAGAACGGUAGUCACAUCACGGGCGGUGAUCUCUACGGCGUUGUACACGAGAACACCUUGGUGAAGCACUGGAUGAUCCUGCCGCCAAAGUGUAAAGGCACCGUCACCUACAUCGCGCCUUCCGGCAAUUACACCGUUGAUGAUGUCGUGCUGGAGACCGAGUUCGACGGCGAGAGGCAGAAGUACACCAUGCUUCAGGUGUGGCCGGUCCGUCAACCUCGUCCAGUCACUGAAAAAUUGCCAGCUAAUCAUCCUCUACUCACUGGCCAGCGAGUCUUGGACUCUCUCUUCCCGUGUGUCCAAGGUGGUACCACUGCCAUCCCCGGGGCUUUCGGUUGCGGCAAGACCGUCAUCUCGCAGGCUUUGUCCAAGUACUCCAACUCCGACGUGAUCAUCUACGUCGGUUGCGGUGAGCGUGGUAACGAGAUGUCUGAGGUACUGCGCGAUUUCCCCGAGCUGACUGUGGAGAUUGACGGUGUCACCGAGUCCAUCAUGAAACGUACCGCUCUGGUCGCCAAUACGUCUAACAUGCCGGUAGCCGCGCGUGAAGCAUCCAUUUACACCGGUAUUACGCUGUCCGAAUAUUUUCGAGAUAUGGGUUACAACGUAUCGAUGAUGGCCGACUCUACAUCUCGUUGGGCCGAAGCUCUCCGAGAAAUCUCAGGUCGUUUGGCUGAAAUGCCUGCCGAUUCUGGCUAUCCUGCCUAUCUCGGCGCUCGUCUAGCCAGCUUCUACGAACGUGCCGGACGAGUGAAGUGUUUGGGAAAUCCAGAUCGUGAAGGAUCCGUCAGUAUCGUCGGUGCUGUGUCACCGCCUGGUGGUGACUUCUCUGAUCCCGUGACUAGCGCGACACUUGGUAUUGUACAGGUCUUUUGGGGAUUGGAUAAAAAGCUUGCCCAACGCAAACACUUCCCGUCCAUCAACUGGCUCAUAUCGUACAGUAAGUACUUGCGGGCGUUGGACGACUUUUACGACAAGAACUUCCAGGAAUUCGUUCCGCUGAGAACGAAAGUGAAGGAGAUUCUGCAAGAGGAGGAGGAUCUUUCGGAAAUUGUGCAAUUGGUAGGCAAGGCUUCCCUCGCUGAAACUGAUAAAAUCACACUCGAAGUGGCGAAGCUGUUGAAGGACGACUUCUUGCAGCAGAACAGCUACUCGCCGUACGAUCGUUUCUGUCCAUUCUACAAAACCGUCGGCAUGUUGCGAAACAUGAUUGCGUUCUACGAUAUGGCGAGACACGCGGUCGAGUCAACAGCUCAGUCCGAUAACAAGAUCACGUGGAACGUUAUUAGGGAUAGUAUGGGCAAUAUUCUCUAUCAGCUGAGCUCCAUGAAGUUCAAGGAUCCCGUGAAAGACGGUGAACCGAAGAUCAGAUCGGACUUCGAUCAGCUACACGAAGACAUCCAACAGGCGUUCAGGAAUUUAGAGGAUUAAAUUACUUGUUAAAAGCAAUUUUACGAUAUUGAUUGUUCUGUAAUUUGGCUCUAACAUUUAAGGAUGUCCCGGUCUAAUCCGUGAAUUGCAGAUAGCCUGUCGAGAAUACGACGAGAAACAGUGUUAUCGAGAAUUGCCGAAUAUAUAAAUCAUUCUUGAAAGCGCCCGAGUCAAUUGUACAUAGAUAGCUACGAUGAACCUUCGAUAUUACGGUGCAGCGAGAUAUUAUCGUUCGGGACAACGCCAUGUCAUGUAUGUGACGAUCGAGACAAUAAAGUGGGACAUUCUUAAAUGCACCCGAAGCGUAUGUUCAAAGAUACGCUUCGCGUUCUCGAGAAUUUCACGCGCUUAACUUGAGAACAGAGCUACCUGUAAUUAGCCGGAUAUUAUCAGAGAAAGUAAUUUUACUCUUAACAGAGAUACUCCUUUUCGUUCUCUUUCCGCUUUGUUGAAGGUGCAAACGAAGUAAUUGGGAAAGUUAGUGUUCCCGUGUUUUCUGUGUAUGUAUGAUAUAAACGAAAGUAUAAACUACGGCUUCCCGUUUUAUCCUGAUGCGCGUGAAUUAGUAUUAUCGUGCGAGACGACGUUCCCGCACAAAGUUAUCGAGUCACGUGAUACGUGGAUGACGCGCGGCAGCUCCCUUACCUUUCGCAAAAUUCAAUGAAUCGUGAAUACUAAAAUAUUGUAACAUAUAAUGAUACUAUUUAAGUGCGAUAAUCGCAACUGUUACACAUAAUUAAGCAUACUAUAGUUUAACAGUGAGAAAUGUUACGAGUAUAAUUUAAAAGUUUAGGAAAAGAGCACGCGGUAAAGUAAAUGAUUCAAAUGCGGGACUGUAGGGUCACGAUGAUGAUGAACGAACGCGAGAGAAACAGGAACGUGCGUAACAACCAGUGUUCCAUUAACUUCGAUAUCAUUUCCAUUGUAUGAUAUGUAAAGAAAAAAAAAUAAAAAUUAUGCACAC